AUGUAUCCAUCUGUUGUUGGUCUUUUGGUUAGUGAUUUUGAUGAAACAAUAACUCAGAAUGAUACUCUUUCUGUCCUCAUUGCCAUAUGCCCUCGUAUGUCGGACGAUUGUAGAAAGGACUGCCCCCCUCCCUGGUCCUACUUUGUGGAACUAUAUUUUAAAGAGCGAGCAGAACACAUCAAACGCUGGGGCGAAACAAACUCCGAAAGAACACUUGAAGACUUUUACAAAUUGUUAAAGUCAUUAGAGAAUGUUGAAGAAAGGUCUAUGAAACGCGUCGAGGAUUUCAAGUGUUUAGUUGGCGUGCGUUCGGAAGAACUUCGGGAACAAGGGAAAAAAAUCAAGAAACAACCAGGAGCAGUUGACGUUAUAGAACGCUAUUUGGUAAAGAACAAACCAGGAUCAUUUUAUGUAAUUUCAACCAAUUGGUCACAUGACAUGUUGUUUGGAUGUCUUCAAGAGAUUGAUGGAAUAGAUGAGAAAAUAAUUAUAUCGAAUGAUUUUGUAUUUGAAGAAAACUGUUCAACUGGUAAAUUCAAACGUAAGGUACUCACUGCUCUAGAUAAAUUAGAAAUAUUUAAACAGCUUACAGUACCGCGAGACAAAAUUUCAGUCUAUGUCGGCGAUUCUGAAACAGAUUUGCCAUGCAUGUUGGCUGCGGACAUUGGAAUUAUUAUGGGCAACAAUGUUUCGCUUGCUCAAUCUUGCAAGAAAUAUGGAAUUGAGAUCAUUGAAGGAUUGCAAUCUGCCUAUCCAAAGAAUUCAAUUUCUAAAAAAAGACUUUUCAGAGUAAAAGAUUGGAUCGAAAUUGGGAAGAGUGAACUUUUUUGA